AUGGGCAUCCUCAACAACCUCGUCAUCGCCACCAGCGGCACCCUCCCGCACGACCCCAAGCAGAUCCGCUCGUGGAUCGAGCGAAACGGCGGGCGCUUCUCCCCGAGCGUCACCCAAGCAGUCACACACAUGAUUGCCAGCAAAGCAGCCUACAAGCAGCCCACGCCCGCCGUCCAGCAAGCAGCCGACCUCGACAUCCCCAUUGUGAGCUACGACUGGUUCGACGACUCGCUGCAGGCGCGGCGCAAGCUCGGCGCCAAAAAGUAUCUGUGGUCUACGAUUCGCAGCGAGAAACGUACGAGGAGAGAACUCAAGCGGCGCGGGGCCGAGUUUGACGGUACGUUGGAAAGUAGUGCUGGUGCUGGUGUCGGUGGUGUAGCUGUUGUUGCGAGCAAGCCCAGAAAGAGUAGGAGUUUCUUCUUCUCCUCUGCGGAUUCUGCGCUGAGUAUUGCUGCUGCUACUCCUUCGCAUACGACGCCUUUUGUCUCGGCGAAGCAGGAUCUCCUGCGGAGACGGGCGGAGAGAGACGCAGCAGCUACGCAGGGCCGGAAAGCCGGGCAUCAUGGUAGCUCAAAUGCAACCACUAUUUGCAGCUCGUCUGCUGCAACGACGGCGUCUGAGAAACACGCGUCGUCUCCUUCUGCGCUGGGCAAUCCUACAUAUGGUAUAAGAGCACAAGCUAAGACUGCCCAUUGGAAAGACGAGUACCACUACUACCAGGACGUGACUGGUUUCGAAUACAAAAUCGUCCUCGUGCGCACCGACUACUCGAGUAAUUCCUUUGCGCAGUAUCACGUUGGGUUGCUGGAGAGCCACGCGAAACCACAUACGUAUUGGGCGAUUGCGCAGUUCAAGCCUGCCAAAGCUGCGCCGCCGGCCUCGAACGAGGACGAGGAGGGCAUCAAGACAGUGACCUUGAGCAACGUAAACGAAGACGGUAGCAGCAAUGCUCCUCACCCAGAAGCCACUCGCCUCACCUCGCUCGUUACCAAGCCCGCGCCCACGCCAGAAGCCCCAUACAUGGGUGAACUCUGCCCGCGAAACAGCAGCUUUGCCGCGGCCUCGAGAGCCUUCCGCCACGCCUUCCGCGACCUUACGCUACUAUCGUGGGAAGAGCGCUUUGCUGACGUGGACAAGACGCUGCAGAAAGCACGCGCACAGCAUCUCAACAUCGAGCCGUUUCUGUACAGCAGACCCAAACCCGGUAUGCCGAUGGGGCUUUUGCCGCAGGCCGCAGGCAUGUUUGUGGGGGAAGCCAGUGGGCUCGAAGCCAGAGGCGAUAUCGAGGAUGGCUAUUUCAGGGGCGUGUCUGGGUUACCGGGGAUAGAGGCACCUUUGAGUGUGAAUGGGACGAUUGGGCAUUUGUUGGAGAGGGAGAGGCAGGAGAGAGAGAAACAGGAGGAAGAGGAGCGGAAGAGGCUGAAAGGGAAAGGGAGGGGCAAGACUGGGGAGAGGUGGUUAUAUGGGUGA